UUAUGCAACAGUGAUGUUUGCUGUAAAAAGAACGAUCCGUUUGUUCUUGUCUCUUACUGUCUUGUCUUCAUUUAUAUCGAUCAGCUGCAAUUUAAACCAACAUACAUCUCCUGAACCAGAGGCACAAUUCCAUCAAAACUACAGUUAACCAUAAUUGAGGCCCUCCAGGAGCUGACCAUGGAAACUCCACCAAAAGCACAGCGAGUGAAGCCAGUGGUAUCUGGUCUCUGCAAAGUCCCGCUCCUCUUUCUGCUCCUGUACCUCUUUGUGUGCUCCCUUGACAUUUUAAGCUCUGCAUUCCAACUAGCUGGGGGCAGGGUAGCAGGUGACAUCUUCCAGAAAAAUGCCAUCCUGUCUAACCCAGUGGCAGGGCUGGUGGUGGGAAUACUGGUGACAGUGUUAGUCCAGAGCUCCUCCACCUCUACCUCCAUCAUAGUCAGCCUCGUCUCUUCUGGCUUGCUGGAUGUUCAGUCAGCCAUUCCUAUCAUCAUGGGCUCCAACAUCGGAACAUCAGUCACCAAUACCAUCGUUGCUCUGAUGCAGGCUGGGGAGAGAGAUGAGUUUGAAAGGGCAUUUGCUGGAGCUACAGUCCACGACUGUUUUAACUGGUUGUCUGUUUUGGUGCUUCUCCCUCUGGAAGCUGUGAGUGGGCUGUUGAGGCAACUGUCACAGGCCGUGGUUGACACACUACAGCUCAGUACUGGAGAAGAAGCUCCUGAACUUCUUAAAGUUAUCACUGAGCCACUCACUAAGAUGAUUAUCCAGCUGGAUCAGUCAGUCAUUACAGCCAUUGCUACAGGAGACCAGAGUGUGAGGAACAAGAGUCUGGUGAAGCAAUGGUGUCAAACCACAACUGUGAAGGACAAUGCAACAUCUUGGGGAGCACACAACUUUUCAGAACAUUCACAGAAAUGUAGGCAUCUCUUUGUGGACUGCUCUUUGUCAGACUUGGCCAUAGGUCUGAUCCUCCUGGCUUGCUCCCUUGUGGUGAUGUGCAGCUGUCUGAUACUCCUGGUUAAACUGCUCAACUCUCUCCUGAAGGGCCAGUUGGCCAGUGCCAUUAAUAAAGUUGUUAAUACAGAUUUCCCCUUCCCUUUCACCUGGCUGGCAGGUUAUCUGGCUGUAUUAGUGGGAGCAGGCAUGACCGUUUUGGUUCAGAGUAGUUCGGUCUUCACCUCUGCUAUCACCCCUCUCGUAGGGAUUGGUGUGAUCAGUAUUGAAAGAGCCUACCCUUUAACCCUGGGGUCCAACCUCGGAACCACUACAACAGCUACACUGGCAGCCCUGGCUAGUCCGGGAGAUAAGCUUGUUGCUGCCACACAGGUUGCCUUAUGUCACUUUUUCUUUAACCUCCUUGGUAUCUUGCUAUGGUACCCCAUACCAGCCACCCGCUUACCCAUACGUAUGGCCUGUGCCCUUGGCAAACGCACUGCCAGGUAUCGCUGGUUUGCUGUUUUGUACCUUCUCCUCUGCUUCCUGCUACUCCCAUCCCUCGUGUUUGCCCUCUCCAUGGCUGGGUGGAAGGUGAUGACUGGGAUUGGUGUACCAGUCAUUAUGGUGACUAUAUCUGCUGCAACUGUGAACAUGCUCCAGGCACGUAGACCGGGUUGUUUGCCGCUUAGACUGCAGAACUGGGACUUUCUUCCUGUUUGGAUGACCUCGCUGCAGCCCCUGGAUGACCUCAUCACCAGAGCGAUCCUGUUGUGCAGGCAGUGGAGGGGUUGGAAUGAUGGCCAGGUAACAUCACUGGAGGGCAUUACUGUCAUCCCUGAGAGAAAAGUCAGGGAGAAAUGUCAGCAGAGUGGGGAUGGACAGGAGAUUGAUAAGAGCUGGCAGAAACAAAGAGGACUGGACAAACAUGGAUGUUGUAAUCUACAAUACAACCAGGAAAAAAACAACAGAGACAACACAGCAACCAACAUGUAUUCAGAGAACAAUAUAUUUAACUUGGCUGCACAGAGCUCCAUAAACAUGAACUUAAACAAUCAGGGUGCUCUGCUGAGUAGCACCCAAUUGUAGUGCUACUAUCUCAUGUUUAAGGUUUGCCAGACGUUACAUGUAUUUAAAGACCUGUAAGGAUGUCAUGGCUAAAAAAUAGCAUAUUGGUGUCUUACCACCAUACAGAGAGAUAAUUAUUAACAGGGUAGCUUUUAUUUUACACAACUGUUGCAAGACUUUAACAGUGAUAAGAAGUUAUAUCCAGUAUACUGUAUGUUGCAACCGUAGCAAAGAUUUUUCAACAUGGAUGAUAAACAUACUAAAUAAUUGCUUGAAGUUUAACAUGACUUUGUUUAAAAAUUAAAUAAAUCUCUGGUGGAAAAAGUAUGCAAAAGCAGUAAUGUGCUGUUAGUGGCUCUGUAGCUGUCAGCGGCCUUAAACGCACUUGUAGGUUAGCUUGCAGUUUGCAGUGCUUUUUCUGUAAAUGAUAAACUUUACUGGCUCAUAUGAACAGUUGUGUUUAGCUGUGAGAGUCAGACUUUCAAAGAUUGAGACUGAGACAGAGAGAAAGGAAAAAAUAUUGUGGUUUUUAACUGUCAGAUUAAUUUAACGUGCUGCAAUGUGUGACGCAUACAACAAAGUCAAGAGCACAAACCAGCCUUCUGUCAGUGGAAAAUUCACAGGUCAGCCUUAAACAGCCACAAAGACAUCGCAACAUUGUGAAGAAAAACAAUGAUUUCCAUCUAUAUGAUCUUCACCACUCUGGCAACAACCGCUCUGACAAAAGGAAAAACUGUGACUAUGGAUAAGAAAUAUGUGAAUCAGCCUGAACUCUUCUCCAAUGGAACAUUCAAACUAGGUUACGCAAUGAAGAAACACUCCGGAGAUUACGUGUUGGAACAAUUUGGAUCUGAUGGAGUUUCACUGAGAAAAGUCAGUGUGCAUCUUGAAAUACAAGCUCCAGUGUCAAAGCCAGUUGUUUCCCAGAUGUGUGUGUCACCAGAACGGAGGAACAUCAGCUGCUCCUCUGAGGGAGAGGAAGUAGAGUUAAUUUUGACCUUGGAUGAUCUCUUACUGAUGGAGACCAGAGGCGAUGUGAAACUGAAUGAAACUGAAGAAUCCAGUGUUUCAGUUGUUACCAUCAGUUUACAUGGUCAGCUGAAAGGAAACCUGAUGUGUCGUGUUCAGAACAAUGUCAGCAAAGAAGAAACAGUUAUUCACCUGACAAGUUGCAAAGAUUUUUCUUCCUUCCUCAUUAUGGCUGUGAUAGCUAGUGCUGUCACUCUCUUUCUCCUUGUGGCGCUGUGUCUUGGCAUAAAAAUUCUUCAUAAUAAACGAAGACCCACAACUGUUAAUAAGGCAGCAGCAGCAGCAGCAGCCAGUUUGCUGCUGGCGGUCGAGAAGAGGCAUAAGCCAUGAGCCUAUAAACUCCAGAGUGGAAGGCACAGCAAAACAAAGAGACCAAAAAGAUCCUUCCGUCAGUGCAAAAUUCACAGUCCAGUCAAGAAGCCACAAAGAAGACAACCUAUUGUAAAGUGCAGAAAAAUGAUUUCCAUCUACAUGAUUAUCACAGCCCUGGUGCGAACGAGUCUGGCAAAAGGGUCAAUGGAAUGCAAUUUAUCUUUAACUAUGGGAGCUCAGCAGUGUUUUGGCGCAAUCGGGGAGCCAUUCAUUUUUCACCUUCCUACGAAUGUAACAAUGAUAAUGUUGCAAAAGAACAAAAUAACCAACAUUUUAACACUGAAAAUGUUAAACACAACAAAUAUGAAAACAAUUCAACAUAAGGAAUACAUCAAUCACUCAGCAUUCUUCAACAAUGGCACAUUCAGGCUGAAUAAUGCAAAGAAGAGAGACUCUGGAAAUUACCAGCUACAAACAUAUGGACCUGAUGGCAUGUUGUUGCAGAAAAUCAACAUGCAUCUAGAAAUACAAGCUCCAGUGUCAAAGCCUGCUGUGGCUCAGAUGUGUUUGUCACCAGAACAAAUGAACAUCAGCUGCUCCUCUGAGGGAGAUGGAGUAGAGUUCAUUUUGACUUUGGACGGCCAUUUAUUGAUGCAGACCAGAGACCACAAUCAGUCCCAGAGCAGCUCAACACUGGGCACACUGCCACUGGCUGGAAGUACUCAUAACCAACACAAACCCGGUGUUUCAAUUGUUACUAUCGGCUUACAUGGUCAACUGACAGGAAACUUGAUGUGUAACGUUCAAAACAAUGUCAGCAGAGCACAAACAGUAAUCCACCUUACAAGCUGUAAAGGUUCCAUUUCUGACUUCUCUCUUGUGACUGUGGCUGUGAUAGCAAGUGUCGCCACUCUACUCCUCCAUUUGGCUCUGUUUCUUGGUAUCAAACAUUUCAACAAGAAAACAAGACCCAUGAUUGUUAAUAAUGAUAACGCUGAAGAUGAAAUUGUCUACUCAGAUGUUCGAGUGAUUAAGAAUACAAGGAGAACCAGACCCAACUUUCCACAAAAUGCACAAAACAUUUAGAAAAUUGUUAAGUUCAUUCAUGCAUUCCUGCACUUGCUUCUCAAAUGUAACAGUCCCUUAAGUGUGUUUAUAAUCAGUGAUGUAUAUAUGGCAAAAAAAAACAACUUACCGUAGCGCUAAAUUUAAGCGUGCUAAAAACCUUGUAACAAAUAUUUUCAGACAUCAACGUUUGUGUGUAAUUGAGAUAGUGUGUGCCGUAGGAUUUUGUGAAAACCACACAGUAUAAUAUAUACAACUGUAGAAAAAAGUUAUGUACUCAUUACUUUGUACACAUUUGUACAUUUUUAAUAUUGUGACCGGUCAGAUUUAAAUGGGUAUGUUGCUGUUCCAAUUGAAUUCUCAAAUGAUUUUCUUAAUACAUUUCAUGAGUGAUUGCUGUUUGUCAAAUGUUUUUUGCCAUUAGUAAAUAAAAAUGUUUAAAGAGUGAUAAAA